UUGUAUUUUGAACGUUGGUAACGGAAGUAGUCCGUUUCAUUCGAUGAAAUCGACCUGGGUUCGGAGGUUUAAUGAGGGUCUUCGUAGCACAGAUUUGGUAGCUACACUAACGCACAGAUGGAUGAAAAACUAUCCAAGCAAAAUGGAUUGACGUUACCAACACAUCAUGAGGAGGAGGAGGAGGAGAUGGAGGUUACUGUGACAACACAACUAGAAAGUUUCAUUGUAGCCCCUGUCAAUGCAGUCCUACCAUCAAAUACGCAAACACAUCAAGAGGAAAGAGGAGCUGUACAUACAGACUCAACAGCAGCAACAUUUCCUAUAAACAGUGUGUGUAAAACAGGGGACUGUGAUGACAAUGCCUCAGAAGAUUCAGACAGUGACAGCUCUUCAUCUUCCUCCUCAUCAUCUUCUUCUUCCUCAUCCUCCUCUUCUCCCUCUGCCCCCGUAUUUGAAGAUGAUGAUGAUGAUGAGGGUUUCAGCCAACCAGCCCCCAUCAAAACCAAAGAUGAAGUUCUGCUUGAGGAGCUGCCGGCAGUAGAGGAGGUGUGUGUAUCGUUACCGGAAGAUGCAGAACUGCAGCCUAUAGGAAAAGUCUCCAGUAUUAUACAGCAGCUUGUUAUCAUCCAGUCUCUGAAAGACACACCCCCUCUGACUGAUGACAGCAUCAUCUUUAGGUCUGAUAGGCUGGCUUUGGGCAAGGUGUUUGAGGUGUUUGGUCCAGUGUCCAGUCCGCUGUAUAUUUUACGUUUGAACUCUGUGGAGCAGAUAAGCAGCAAGGGGCUGAUAGAGGGACUGACUGUUUAUUACGCACCGGCCAUCAAAGAGUACACAGGAUACAUCCUCACACAACAGCUUAGACUUUUAAAGGGAUCUGAUGCAUCCUGGAAAAACGAUCAAGAACCACCAGAAGAGGCUUUAGAUUAUAGUGAUGAUGAGAAAGAACAGCAGGCAAAGAGGACGGUGAAAAACUCCAAAAAGAGGCGGGACAAUAAUAAUAAAGAUGCAGAUAAUCCUGCCCACAUCACCCAGAACACCUUGCAGCAGCAGCAGCAGCAGCAGCAGCAGCAGCAGCAGCAGCAUGAUGUCAGGGGUUUCCCACCAAGACAUAUGGGGCCUGCAUUCAGGCAGCAGAACACGAGGAACAAACAGCCACUGUUCAGACACACACACCCACCAUAUAGACACACAGAUGGCCACCAAAGUGUGUCCCCUUCUCUGAGCUUCCUCCUCCUCCACCUCCCCCUCCUCCUCCACCUCAGUGAUGCUCACAAACUCUGUAUGUGUACACACCUGGCAGAGUUCCUUUUGGCAAGUUUAUGUUUUGGUUUAAUCUUGUUUGAAGAAUAUGUCAUCUGUUUGUAGACUGUCAGACUGGACAGCUGGACAAAUCAUCUACAUGUAUCAGUCACCAGCUUUGCUUGUUAGCAGUGUUUAUUAGGCUGUGCAGUCACUGAUUAUAAAAAGUGCUAAUGUGCUGUGAGCAAACCACAUACUCUGCCACUGUUGUGUUUUUAAGUUUUAAACAUUAUUUUAGAUUUUAUUUUUCUCACAGCUACAGACAUUUUUCACAAUCUAAACCUCCUGUGGGAAUAGGGAAAGUAGCCCCUGGUCAAAAUGGAAUUUUUAUUUUGGCAUAUUCCAAGUAAAUGUGACCAUUGUCUUAGACACAGUUGUGUCAAAUUACAUGCCAUUACUUGCCACUUACACCUUGUUCACACAUACUUAUUGAAAAACUGGAGAGGCAUUGUGAAGUGAACCUCCAACAACAUGUUGAAACCACCCACUGCAAUUUAAGACUCAAAAGGCACCCAUAGGGGAGUUGAGAAAUAUUAAACUUUAUGCAAAUGUCUUGCAGACAACAAAUGACACUUGUUUUGAUUUCCUCAUGGGACACUAGCAAAUUGUUUUUUUUUCUUCUCUAACUGAACUGCAUAAAAGAACUUCAAACAAAAGGGUGAAAAAGUUGAUUGUCUCAGUAAAAUUGUACCAUAACGAAUCAGGAAGCCAUUGAAUGAGCUAUUGGGACACAUGUAAGAAAAACACCAAGUGGAAACACAUUGCUUGGAAAUGAACUAGUUCCUCUUGCACCAGUAUUAUGGCGUCAUGAAAAAAUAACUGUCCAAUAGUAUUUAUGUUUGUAAUUUACCUGCUCAUCAUGUAAGAAACGAGGGGGGCUCCCAUUUAAAGUCAAUGUGUGACAAGGCGAAAGCUUUACAGAUGCUAUCGUUUUUCCUGAUUUCACUUUCUGAGAUAAUGCCAGUGUCCAAUGGACUCGAAAAUAAAUGUUUGAAUGUCAGUUUUAAGCACCUGAAAUAACAUCUGAGAGUCACAUGGCUGAUUUUGGUGAGAUUAUGUGACAGCCAAAUUGACCAACAGGAAAUUUAUGGAAGCUUGGUGAAUUUCUAAACAUUUGUAUACGUUUUUAAACUCCACUUCAAGGCAGAAUUAUGUGCAUUCUAAGCACAUUAUGUGUGUAUGACAAGCGUUACCAUCUGUAUAUCAAAGGAAAUCACAAUCAGCUUGUUGUGCAUCAUGGUGCACUUAGAGCAACACGCUUCCUUCACACUUAUGGCCAAGUUUAUUUAUGAGCCUUGUAUCCACACAUUGGACAUUUAUUUCCCUUUAGUGAUACUUGCAUUCAUUUGGUGUUUGCAUAAAAUUGAUCAUUUGAGAAACAAAAUAAUGUUAUGCAGACACAGAUUUUUAUUUUCUUAUUUCAUUAAGAUUGUGCUGCAGAUUUUAAUUUCAAAUAUAGACUUACUGUAUGUUCCUUAUCUUUAGUUGCUAAAUGACUGAAAUAGCACAGUUAACUUUGAAAGAAAGCAGAAAAAUAUUUUCUUUAGUCUUACAUUUAAGGUGUAAAUAAUACACAAAACAGUUCUACUGAUGGGAAAGUUAUAGUCUAUAUAAUGCUGUAGUUACAGCUCUAUACUCAGGCUUCAUUCUUUAAAUGUAUUCCAGUGUUUUGGUCCUGUCUCAUCUGUAAGUUCUUGUUCCCUACACACAGUCAUGUCCUGCAGAGAAUGGAAGAGCAAUAUGAUAUGAUUUUUAGGCCUGAGGAAAUGGACUGUGGAAAGGAACAGCUGUUCAGUCUGAAUUCAGUUACAGCUACAUCUUCUCUAGACCUCCUGGACAUAUGCUCCUAUAUUUUUAUUUUAUUUUAUUUUAUUUUACUAAUAUUCUUUGUAAAUGUUAACAUUUGCACCAUUUCAAGAACUGCACCAAUGGCAAAUAAAUGUGU